CAAAAUUCAAGGGGUGAUUCUGAGGGUACUAGCUGAAAAGGCAUCUCCUGCGCAAUUUAAUAGGGUAGUAUGGUCCUAAUCGUAGCGCUGCUGAUGUCUGCCAGCAGGCGGAGUUAUGUGCGUGGUUGUGCAGUGGUGUGCUUGUUACAUGGAGGGCAUGUGAUGUGACAUAAUUUCGGGUGGGAUUCUAGAACGCCACAGAAGCACUUUCUGCUUGUAAGACAUCAUAUUUUUUACCACGUUGCUGUUUUUGUUGUUAGCAAGGGACGUUUUGCAGUAGGAGACUGGACUAUGAGAUACUAAUGUAUUUAGUUAUAAGGUGCAGUGUACGGCACCUGUCCUGCCAGCUGUGUGGCUAGAAAGCAAAAUAUAUAAUUUUCUUAUUUUACAGGAGAGACAUUAAAUACCUAUAUGCGACCAAGGCUUUCUCAUAACUGGAAAAAUAUACAUUUGUAUUUUGUUCUUCCAUCUUACAAAAAAUAAGCAAUACAUAACAAAUAACAUACAUAUGAUGUAUGGCCACCCCAUCCAAAAUGCAAUAUUUAUGUGUGUUAGUUUCAACACAAGCUUACUGAACAUUUCUAGUCGUGUUUUCCAAAAACUAAUUUUGUUACUGUAGAGACUCCGUUAUUUAUGACUACCAAUCAGAUGCCAAAGAUGUGAAUCGGAAGAGGAGGAAACGGCGGUAUCAUUCAAGACAAAUUUUGUGUCUCAUACAACGUGAUAAUGAGAUAAUAAAGCACUGAAGGGAGAUAAAACGCGUUUAUGGAGUAUAUCAAUGCCAAGUUCGUGUCCCAGAAAAUCAUUAAAACGUGGUGGAGACCUAUCUAUUCUACAUCUCUGCAACAGCCUGAAGUUUUUGCUACUGGAUCUUGGGAUAACGAGGUAUGGACAAUCAAAUCACGGUCAGUCAAUAAGAACAAGAUUGUUAGUUACAGUCGAAAUUAAGAAAAGCAAUUGACUAACUAACUACUUACACGUGUUUUGGCAAAUAGCAACCCUGUAACAAAUACAUUCAAGUUUAACAUGUACAAUUAAUUAUAAUUAUGGGUCUCUAAACCUGCAUGAAGUAAUUAAUUUGUUUAGGACAACAAGUAGGUUUAUUCACUACAAACUAUUUUAGAAACGCAGCCUAUAAAUUAUCUCUGUUUCUUGUCAGUACAGUAUCUGGCCAAAUGACAAUUCGUAAACGAGCUGACACAAAUGGUUUCUGCCUUGUGCAAAAUUAGAAUUGCCAGUCAAAUUGAAUUAUAAGCUGCUGUAUGGAAGAUCAGUUGUGAAGAAGUUGUGUAAAGUCAAAUCAUGAAAAAAGGAAGGAAACGCAAUAUAAUAAACAACCCGGGAGAGCCAUGGAUCUGGGUUACCCACAGGACAACACAGUUUCCAUCUGGUCUGUCGCAGAGCAAGCGGUGCAAGAUAAGUAUGAAGGAGAUCCUCAAUUGUUGUGUGAAUACAAACACGAUGGCGAUGUCAUGGAUCUUCAAUUUAUGGACCAGGAGAGAAUUAUUACAGCUUCAUCCACAGGGAGUGUGACCAUAUUUCGUCACUAUCCGAACAGCCAGGACUGGAGACAGAGUGCCCCUGCACUGUGUAGACAGGCACCCAAAUCAACAGCACAUUGUGGCAACAGGGGGUCAGGAUGGCAUGCUGUCAGGCAGGGCAAUAUUCCUUACUCUGUCAUGGAAGCAUAUUCAGCUGAAAUGUGGGAGGUCCAUUUCCAUCCUUCUAGCCCAGAAGGUAAAGAAAACAGUUUGAAGAAAAAAAAACUAUUGUGUUAA